GUUUGAAUGUAAGCGGGCACUUACAUUUCGCACUUCUUCGUAUGAUACCCCAGCGAAUCCAACUGUUGUCGCUGUUUCGCACAGAACCAUUUAAUUAAAGAGUGAUUGUCCCAUGGCACUCUUUUCAUAACGUUGCCGGCUGUGUUACAAUCUUUAGAAUGUUUGUGAAUUGCUUAGUUUAGUCACUCAGAUCUUGUUUUAUAUCUGAAAACACGCCUAACCUCACAUAGAUUACUGCAGUAGUUAGGAUAACUAUCUUGCUAGCAGUUACUUUACGAGGAAUCCUAUCAUGAUUUGUCACAGUCAUCCUGGCAUAGAAAGACAUUGCUUCAAGAUGCAAUAUGCGAAAGCUCACACAAAGAUCUGCGCAAACUUCCUUGCUAUCAUAAUAUAUCCUUUUUUUGAUUCGGUGUUGCAAUGCAAUGCCCAAUGAUAAGCCAGAAUUGCAUACUUGUAUUGCACUGUUCAUAUUGCUCAUUCAAUACACUUCUUUUAUCCAAUCUCAUCAAUCACUUCAAGACUGCCCAUUCAAGUGCAAACUGUUUGUUUAGUUUGUAUCAGUGUCGUCAUUGUCAAUUAAUAUCAACAUCUUGUCCCGUUCUUACUGAACAUUCUUUAAUCAAUCAUAUAGAAAAGGAGGUGUCUAUUCAGUGUAUAUAUCAGAAUCAUUCAGGAAAUCCAAUUUUUACUGGGGAAGCAAUGUACGAAUGCUUGCUUUGUUCAUUCAAAGCUAAAGAAGUUAAAAAUUUAACCUUACAUUAUUUCGCUUUUCAUGGUAUCAAAAAUGCCAGUCCGAAUUUGACCAAGCAUUUAACUUAUGAUUAUUCAUCAGGAUUAAAUUACAAUUUCCAUGAUGCAAAAUCAUUGUUUAUGAGUGAUAAACGAAAUGCAUUUGUCGAUCUUAAUCAAGAUGAUGGUGAAAUGAGUUCUCAUUCAGUUGGAACAGAAAGUGGUCGAUUUUCCAGGGGAUCUCAUCUUAGUUCAUCCCAAGUCAACCGAAGCUUAAUGCCAUAUAAAUGUACACACUGCGGCAACGCUUAUCACAAACGAAAGUAUUUUGCUGAGCAUGUUUUCUCCUGUUCCAAAUCUUUGCAAUUAACUUGCCCAUGUGGCCGUGUUUGUAAAUGGCGAUCGAAUUUCUAUGCACAUAGAAAAUCAUGCUCCGUUUAUAAGCAGCUUGUAACUGGAGGCAGUCAUCUCUCUGUUUUUCGUCGCCGAGGUUUGACUUUGUCUAAAUCAAGCAUUAAUGAUGAUUCUGAAAGUAUUACUAAAGAAUCAGUUAGUUCUAGUGAACAUCUGCUUGAUAUGUCAACUAAUCCCAAAGAUGCUUCUACUGUAAACUUAAUUGGUGGAAAUAAUUUAACUCCCUUAGUUUCUUCUUCUACACCCGAAGUUACUCCCCAGUCUAAUGCAGAUUCUAGCAUUGAUGUAUUUAGAAAUUCCGAUUCCCUUCAAACCUCUCUCACCUACAUAACUCCAGUUUCAUCUCUAGCCACAUCUGUUCCGACUUAUGUUUCUAAUGAAAAUAUUGAAACAAAUAAUUUAAAUCAUGUAUCCAGUAAUUCGAUGGUCACAUCUGCCUCUAUAAUUCAUGCAUUAAGUCAAACUUCUAAUUUAUCCGUAUUAGUUGACACCCGUUGCCCUGUCAGUAAUUAUCCGUCAAAUCAAAUAAAUGAAUGUACCGCCACUAAUGCGGAUGGUGGAUUUAUUCAAUGUGUAUCAUCAAAAGGUGAACCACUUAUUAUGUUUCCUGGUAUGUAAUCUGAAAAACUUAAAUACACAGUUUUACUCUCCGGUCAAAUAUAUAUAUAUAUAUAUAUAUAUAUAUAUAUAUAUAUAUAUAUAUUCUACAUGCCACAACACUCAGUUGAAAAUUCCAAAAAAUCAAAAAGCUUUAAAACCAUUUCCACAGUAUAUCUUUCUAUCUUAUAUGUAAGAACGAAUUAAUUUAUUUUCCUUAUUGAUUUCCCUUUUUUUUCAUUUAAUUUCUGUGUAUAAAGUUCUUUUUUAUGUCAUUUUGUUUAAAUUAUCGCUUCUAUCUUUCAAUAUAUGCAUUGUUCAUGAAGGAAUCAAUGGAAUAAAUGUCAUCACAAGUUUGUAACAAUUUAAAUUUCGUGAAAAUACAAUAUAUAUGGUGUUCUUUAAGAAAUUUCAAUCUAUAGACAAAGUUUGCAAUACUUAUCAUGUUUUUUUAAUUGAGCAAAAAAAUAUUCAUGUUUUUAAUUGUACAACUUUAAAAAGUACACAUUUAGGCUUCAAUUAAGCUGACAUCUUUUAAUUUAUGAUGUAAAAAAACAUUUGUCAUUCAAUUUAGAAACUUUCUUACAUAAAUAGAUCAUGUUUUGUAAAUUGAUUGACAACUAAUUAAAUGACAAUGUGAACAAGAUAAUAUUAAGCAAAACCAAUAAAUGUUAUUUAUACACAUGUAUUUCGACCUAAAGCACUUGUUAGUUUCAUCAGUCGUUAGCCAAAUAAUAUGAUGUUGAGGAAGUUUCGAUAUUAACGAUCAUUUGACAAUUAUAAGUAUUCAUUCUAAAUGUUGAGAAUCAAUUCAGUUAAUGGUAAAAUAUUCAAGGUUGAAUUUUAGUCAUUAUUUGUUAAUUGCACUCAAUAUACCACGUACUAUAA